UUCCUGUUUACUACUGGCCCUGGUUAAAGUUCCCUAGCUAUAUCCAACACGGAUAGAUUUCAUUUCAGCAUUCACAUCGCUCUUCUGUAUGCCUUUACACACACCCGACAGUUUUGGGGUUGAAUACAACACGGAAUGUUUUGUCUCCAGAUCGAAAUCAAGUUUAAUUUAAAACUCAAGGAUAAAAAGCGUGUGAAGACUUAAAAUCGUGUGGAUUUCCUGUGAUUAGUGACCGGGUUAUUUGACAUGAGUUCUGGAAAAGAAACGGGAAUUACAAAACGCGUUCUUUUUGCUAAUUUGGAGAAAUAACAGCGGUGAGAAGUUUUGAAGUUUCUCGCGUGUCUUACAGUACCGUCGGUAACGGGUUAUUUUGAUCACCAGUACUGUGGAGGGGAAUCAUCCCGCCAGGACCCUGAACUCGGGACGCGUCACCGGCUCCGGCCCCUUAAAGCGGGCGGUGAGGAAAAAGCUUGCCCUGAAGGGAUGGCCUGGAGGAUCCUCUCGGACCCAGGGAGCUGCGCUAUAUAAGGAAGGCCGGGUUCGAAUCGAGCAGAAGGCGGGUGACGGCUCGAUAAUGGCUAGCCGGAGCGAGGAGAUUACCGAACUGCUCGAUGUGUUUUCAAAGAGUCAGUACAGAGCAAGGGAGGUCACCCCGUCGGUAGAGAGAAUAGAGGAGCGCUGUUUGGAGCUGUUUGACCGGGACUACAAGUACAGUAUCAUCCACAACACCAAUGGGGAGGUGUGUGGUCACUACCCACGGAAGAUUGUGUUUCUGGAAUAUGAAUCUUCAGACAACAAUAAAGAGAGCUUUGAGAGUACUGUGCAGAUCAGUAAAUUGCAGGAUCUGGUGAACCGUAGUAAGAUGGCUCGCUGUAGAGGGAGAUUUGUCUGUCCAGUCAUCCUCUACAAUGGAAAGCAUGUGUGUCGAUCAUCCACUCUAGCAGGUUGGGGCGAACUUUAUGGACGCACUGGAUACAACUAUAUUUUUUCAGGGGGUUCAGAUGACACCUUUGGUGAUGCUGAAGAGGUUCCGGAGGAUGACUGUGCAGUUCGGAAUAAUGAUUCACAGUUGUUUGAUAAGGUUAGGGGCUCUGACAUUAAGCUGUUGAAGUACUUGUCUGUAUGCUACAUCUGUGACCUCAUGGUAGAGAAUAAGAAGGUCAAGUUUGGCCUCAAUGUGACUUCCUCAGAAAAGGUGGACAAGGCCCACCGUUAUGCUGACUUUACCCUACUCUCUGUGCCUUAUCCAGGAUGUGAAUUCUUCAGGGAAUAUAAAGACAGAGAUUACACAGCAGAAGGGCUUGUCUUCAACUGGAAUCAGGACUAUGUGGAUGCUCCUUUGACAAUCCCUGAUUUCUUUACAAGAAACCUCAACAUCAAAUGGAGUGAAUAUCAGUCAUGGGACCUGGUGCAGCAGACUCAGAACUACCUGAAACUGCUUUUACACAUCAUCAACUCUGAUGAUGAGAACGGUUUACUGGUGCACUGUAUAUCAGGCUGGGACAGGACACCUCUCUUUGUAUCCCUGCUCAGACUUUCGUUGUGGGCGGACCGUGCCAUUCAUGCCAGUCUAGAGCCGUCUGAGAUCCUUUACCUGACUAUCGCAUAUGACUGGUUUCUUUUUGGUCACAUGUUGCCUGAUCGGCUCUCUAAGGGGGAGGAGAUUUUCUUUUUCUGCUUCAAUUUUCUGAAGCAUAUUGUUUGUGACACAUUUUCAGUCAUAAAAAAACAAAGAAGAAAAAAUUCUCAGUUCAAAGAUGCUGACUUCACAGUUGAUGACCUCUGCCAAUUAAAAGAUACAUCUGUUCCCUCCAGUCUACAUGCAGAAGCCACAGACUUGACUACCAGUGGACCACAGGCUUCUAAUGGGAGGAAAGGCAUGCCGUUGUCUUCUCAUUCUGUGCAUGGGAACCGACCGCUUGCUUCAGAGGAGCGAAUGCCUAAUAUAAUCACUGAGGCCAGUCCUCUGGGGUCUUUUAAGUCCUCAAGCUCCUCCUCAUCCAACCACUCAGAUCAAAAUGUUACACGGACAGGAAGUACCCCAUUAGCUGUACCAGGAAGGAGGCCAAGAGUGGAAUAUGCUCGGUCAGGCUCCUCGCUGUCCACAGAUUAUGGCAGUUGGCAGAUUGUCUCAGGAUGUGGGAGCAUCCAUGAUCUUCCCCCAGUGCCCUCAGAGUCUCCUCUGCCAUUCAGCUUCCAGGAUGAGGGUCCCAGCGGACGAAUGUGCACAUUUGUACCUGACAGGCAAGUGAGGUUGGAGGCAGUGAGGGAAUUGUUCCUUGCAGCCUAUAGCUCUACAGUAGGACUCAAGUCAUCGUCUCCAAGCUCCUCCGGUGCCAUCUCAGGCCUGCUGGAGCAGUUUGCCCGUGGGGUCGGCCUUCGUGGCACUAAUGCCAUUAUCUGAUACAUUUCACUCAACUUUUACACACCCUCAGGACUUUUCAGGUCAUCUUUUUUUUCCUCCUCUGCAUCUUGAUGUUGCACCAUAUCUACCACAUCAGGAGUACCUAAUUUAUUGGUGAAGCUGCACAGUGUAUUUCAUCCCCUCGUCCAUCUCUCAGCCUCUAGCAGCUCCUCUCUUCUCUUCUCACUCUUAUAGUCUACUCUCACUUAUUCCAGUGCAAUUCUCUUCCUGCAAAAAAAGAAGAGUGCCAAAUCUAAAUACAGGGCUACAUUAAACUGACUGUUUUUUCUUUUACUUUAUGAAAAUGUUGUUCUCUACAGACCAAAUAAUACAGUACGUCCAUUUAUUUUCUAAUUUAGAUUUUAAUUUGUGCUGUCUUUCGUCUUUCUUUUACUUUUUUUUGCAUGUUGCACAUUUAUACUGUAAUAGGGAAGAAUAGAGAGGGGCAGGAAAGGGAAAAUUAUCUCAAUCUCAAAAAUGAAAAAUGCUUAAAAUUAUACUUUUAACAAAAAGGUGAUUAUAAUAGAGGAAAAAUGAUUUAUUCACCCAUUUUAAUGGCUUGUUUUAUUUUAGUUGCUGACUGUCUUACACACUUAAAAGACAUUGCUCUUGAAAUUAUUGUAGUGAUUGACUGCUUUUUAGACCUUCAGGAUUUGAAUUAAGCCUAAAGACAGUCAGUUGUUUUGUGGUAGUUUUAGAAAUGGAAACGGUUUGGGCAGUGGUAAUGUAAGACAAUGUCAUUGUUCUUUUAAAUGAACAUUUUUUUGAAUUAUUUAAUGAGUGUGUGUUAUGAAUUUAAUUCACUUUUGUUGUCUCUAGAUUAUUUUUAAACUGCAGUACUCAAGUACACAAAAUUGUAAAGAUUCAUUUAAUCAGAGCUAAUCUAUGCAGAACAGCAAUCCAUGUCCUGCACUCACUUUUUCCUAAGUCAAGUCGUUUUUGUUAUUAGACAAGUUUUUUUUUCCUGAAUGAUUUGGGGUAAAUGCCUCAGAAUAACUGAUUUGCCUUAGGAGUAGAUAUUGAUGAAUGGCUAUAAGGUUGCACUUGAAUUCAAGGAUUGAAAACAUGGAAUUAGUAGUGUUUUGGACAUAAAACCAUUGUGGCCUCGUUACCUCAGGGCCUUUUAUUGUGCCUUUUGUUCUUAAGGAGAUACAAUUCUGUUUUCAUGCACAGCUGUAUUAUUUUGCUUUUAGAUUUAAAACCAUGCCUUGCUAUAUAUCUGUUUCUCUUUUUGUUAGCUUAUGACAGAACCAAUGUCCGUUUGUACUGUAGCAGCUUCCAGUGUUGGGCAAAAUUCAGACUUAAAUUCAGACUAUACAAACUCCUUGUCAAUUCAUGUGUGAUUUUUGGAAUCAAGCACAACAGUGGCAGAUCUGUUAACAAGUACAUUUAAUAGGCUGUAACAUCCUGGUAAUAAUUUUACAAAAGUGGUUCAAAGAUAUAAUUAAAUAUGCUUACAAUAAAAUUGCCUAUAACUCAUUUAUACAGUAGGUGGCACUGUUACC